GCAUGGUCUCCGACCUUAGCCUGUUCCAAACGGAACAAACGUACUAAAAAAAAAAAAAUUGACAUUGCUCUCAAAUAUUUUUGACUUUGUAUUUUUAAAUUUAAAUUCAAAUUCUCGUAGCAUUGAUACGUACAAUAAAAUGUUUCUGUGAUAAAUCUACAUAAAAAUCACUAUGGACCGACUAUACGCGCUUGGUGUAUCCUGUAUAGAAUUCAUUCAAUACUGGUUUGAGGAUUCGGAGGGAUUUUUUGAGCUUGUAAAUGACCUGUCAAAUCCGCAUCAUGUGCUGGAAAUACUGUUUCCCGUGGUAUCCGUUGUGGACUCUGUGUUUGGAGCACAGCUGUUACUCUGCAUGGCUUUUGGGAGCUGGUUGAAUUCUGUUAUGAAAUGGUGGCUACUGGAAGACCGUCCGUACUGGUGGGUCCGAGAGACUAGUUUCUACACCGGGCCGCGGCCGCAGCUCCGGCAGUCGCGGCACACGUGUGAGACGGGCCCCGGCUGCCCCUCUGGUCACACGGCCACCACCGCCACCAUCCUCAUACUCCUAAUCAUGUGGAUAUCUCACAUUAUGAAUGACAGAAAGUGCUACGUCUGGUGGUGGAAGUAUGUGGUGUACCCUGUGUUCGCUUGCGCGCUCGGCUCGGUGAUGCUCGCGCGCAUGUUCGUCGCCACGCACUUCCCGCACCAGUGUCUGCUGGGCGCGUUAGUCGGUUCAUUCCUGGCCCCCGCGCUGUGUAUUUACGUGUCCGACCCGUUUAUCUGGCGGUAUGGGCUACACGCUCGGCUGCCGGCGGCCCGCGCGGUCGCCUGGCAUAUCUUCAGCGCUGCCGUGACAGUCGCCAUCGCUGCUGUCACCUACCUCAGCCUCACGCUCUGCGGCUGGGAUCCACACUGGACCGUUAAACUAGCAUUCCGCUGGUGUGAAUCUCCAGAUGAUAUCCACGUGUCAACGACCCCCAUGUACUCCCUCGUGCAGUCCACGUCGGCGCUGCUGGGCUGGGCGCUCUGCGUCACCCCAGCCGUGGCACAGUAUCGCCACGAUACUAAAAAUAGAUCCUUGACAAUUUCGGCCUUCACCACCGGCCUGAUAGUGUACGCAAUACGCCACUUCCAAGACAAUAUAUGCAAAUCCGACGCAUUGUGGUUUUAUGCUAUGCACUUUCUCGUAGGCGCUUUGAAGCCGGCGCUACUUUUAAGAUUAGUUCCAGCGGUCUCUAUGUGGCCUUUCUCAAAGCCGAUCAAGCAGAAAGUAGCGUAAUUAGAAGAAGAUAAUAAUAAAGAGAAUAGAAUUCCUUUUUUGAA